AUGGCAGAGAAGGAUUUCAUCACUUGGCAUCUGCUGGCUUUAUUUUUUCUUCCAUUUUGCCUGUGUCAAGAUGAAUACAUGGAGGUGAGCAGAAGAUCUUAUAAACCAGUGGCCAAAGUAUUGCAAAGUCACCACCAGACUGGCCACAAAGGUUCCAGAAGCAGGGAAAUUUUGAAACAGCGGAGUCAACUUAUAGAGUGGACUGUUGCUAAUAGCUCUUCUACAGACCAAAAUGUUCUGAGACCAGAGGUAGAUGAUGUAGAACUGACUACCUCAGAUAGAGUCCAGCCCCCCCAGACUGGACCACAGAAUCCAGACUGUAGCUCCUGCUGCCGCGGUGACUUUGGAGUUCGACUCUACCAAGGGCCCCCAGGACCUCCUGGACCCCCUGGGAUGCCAGGAAAUCAUGGAAACAAUGGCAAUAAUGGAGCAACUGGCCAGGAAGGAGCCAAGGGUGAGAAAGGAGACAAAGGAGAUAUGGGACCAAGGGGAGAGCGCGGCCAUCAUGGACCCAAAGGCGAGAAGGGUUACCCUGGGAUCCCUCCAGAGCUACAGGUUGCAUUCAUGGCUUCCAUGGCUACUCACUUCAGCAACCAGAACAGUGGGAUCAUCUUCAGUAGUGUUGAAACUAAUGUUGGGAAUUUCUUUGAUGUAAUGACUGGGAGAUUUGGUGCUCCAGUGAAUGGGGUGUAUUUCUUCACCUUCAAUAUGAUGAAACAUGAAGAUGUGGAGGAAGUGUAUGUGUACCUGAUGCAUAAUGGCAACACAGUAUUCAGCUUGUAUAGCUAUGAAUCAAAAGGGAAGGCAGACACCUCAGGAAACAGCGCUGUGCUGAAACUUGCCAAGGGAGAUGAAGUUUGGCUGCGGAUGGGAAAUGGAGCUCUCCAUGGGGACCACCAACGUUUCUCCACCUUUGCUGGGUUUCUUCUUUUUGAAACCAAGUAA